AUGGGCCGAGGCGCUACCUUGAUCAUCGUCAAGACAAAGGACGGUUUUGUUUUGGGCGGCUAUGGCGACGAACCUUGGAAACCCGUCACCGAUUGGUAUGGCAAUCCACGCAAUUUCUUGUUUCGGCUUGGUCAUCGCGACACAGGGUCAUCCAGUGUACCUUACAACGAUGAUGGCUACCUUUCCACGGGCGCCUGGCAAGGAACGAACCAUAAUACUCAUUUUCAGUACUUAUGCUGGGGCAAGAAGAGCCUUCCCAAUGGUCUUGGUAUGGGAGGACAGUUUGAAUACCCUGGGUUUUGGCUUGACGCCGAUCUUCAUUUGGGGCGCUCUUGUGCUGGACCGACAUGCACCACCUACAACAGCCCGCAAUUAUCACAUGAUCAAAUGUUCGAAAUUGAUGAAAUAGAAGUGUGGUUGGUUAAUCCCGUGCGUAUCGAUCCCGAUGAUCCGACAGCGUUUGGCCAAGGCUUCAGCCGUGCGGAGAACAUGGAGUUCCUGGAAAUGGCCGGUAAAAAGAUGUAUUCGAAGGAUUUGCAGAAGCCGCCCAAUGCCACGCAAGACGAUCAGGACGAUUGA